AUCGAACGAACAGUUCUCUACUAACGAGCUAAACCAAGUGCAGCAAGUGCCCGUACCCGUGAUUGCAAUUCACACCCCAAGCCCUAUUCACAAAGGUUCAAAUUCAAAGCCCCUUCCAUCCGGAAAAAUGUUCAAGUUUGUGUUGAUCGGAGCACUGUUGGUGGCCGCCGUUUGUGCCGCACCGGCGGACAACAAGCCGGGCCAGCAGCAGCAGGGUCAGCAGGGCCGGGAUGGGCUGGAUCAGGCGGAAUCGGCCUGGAACAAUCAGGCCGGCUGGAGCGGCCAGAACACCUGGAACCGGGAUCCGAACAGCUGGAACCAUCCGAACGCCUGGAACCACCCGGGAGCCGGUGCAUGGAACGCAAACACCUGGAACCGCGCCGGAUACAACAACCGUUACGAUCCGGCCAACCGUUGGGGCGCUGCUGAUCCGUGGAACCGCUGGGGCGGAGCUGGUGCCACCGCCGGCUGGAACAACUAUGGCGCUGGACGUGCCGGAGUGGCUGGAGGUGCUGCCGGAUGGCAGGGCGCUGUUGCCAACCGUUGGAAUGCCUGGUAAAGGGGUUGGGCCAUGCCGAGCAGUGAUGUCCAGUGACCGGAGGAAUCCGUUUUGCACCAAGCAGCUUCCCUUCUUUCAAAUCCGCUUUCCAGUUGUUCAAUAAAUAUUACAAUCAGCACUAUAAA